UCCACACACAAUUUUCGGUUCGGACGAAACGGACGUGUUUUUCAAACGGGCAGACGCAAUAGAAGUUUAAAGUUGUCCCCUUUCUCUCGCUAACAGCAGAGGCCAGAAACAGAGGCGGGAAUUCGCUGCGGGAAUUCACGCUGAGAAGUGAAAAAGCGUGUGAGUGGCGUGAAGUGCGUGAAGCCGGCUAUCGCCUUCCCUGAAAACCCUUAAAAAGUGGCACAAUACCAGUGAAUAGCAGAAGCACCGAACCGGUGUGCAGCGCAGAAGUCCCGAAGCUAAACAACAAGUGGAUCAAAAGUGUUGCAAUAGCGAUAGUUCCCUCCGAUACCAAGCCAAUCGGAAUCUGUGAGUGCACAAAAAAGUCCAUCAAAACAGGAAGGAAAAUCACAUCGCACCGGACAGCGUACGGUCGGACUUUGCAGCAGAGAGCAGCAGAACGAAGCGAACAGCAGGAAAAUGACAUCCCCAGCGCCAGCUCCGGUGAAGAAAGUGCCGAUUCAUCUGCAGAGUGCCCAGAAUCGUCUGUACAUCAAGCGCGGUCACGUCGUGAACCAUGAUGGAAUGCAACAGGCGGAUGUCUAUAUCGAGGACGGAACUGUGCGGUACGUGGGUUCCGGUGCGGACUUCGUAGUUCCCGGUGGAUGCCGUACGAUCGAUGCCACCGGUAAGCUCGUCAUUCCGGGUGGUAUCGAUCCGCAUACACACUUUCAGCUCGAGUUCGGUGGUACCGUAUCAGUGGAUGACUUCUACAAGGGUACGAAGGCAGCCGUCGCCGGUGGCACAACUACCAUCUUGGACUUUGUGCUGCCGAAGAAGGGCGAAUCGUUGCUCGAGGCGUACGAUGCCUGGCGUGUCCGGGCCGACCCGAAGGUGGUCUGCGAUUAUGGGCUGCACGUCGGCAUCACCUGGUGGUCGAAGUCGGUGCGGGACGAGAUGAAGAUACUGUGCCAGGAGCGGGGUGUCAACUCGUUCAAGUGCUUCAUGGCCUACAAGGGCCUGUACCAGCUGAACGAUUCCGAGCUGUACGAAGUAUUCGAGACGUGCAAGGAGCUCGGUGCGGUCGCGAUGGUGCACGCCGAGAACGGGGACAUUAUCGCGAAGAACGUCACCAAACUGCUGGCCGACGGUGUAACCGGACCCGAGGGCCACGAACUGUCUCGCACCGAGGAGGUCGAAGCGGAGGCCGUCAAUCGCGCCUGCGUCAUUGCGCAUCAGGCCCAGUGUCCACUGUACGUCGUUCAUGUGAUGAGCAAAUCGGCCGGUAUCGAAGUGGCCCGUGCCAGACGCCGAUACAAUGCCACCGGCAUCUUCGGUGAAACCCUAGCGGCUGCCGUUGGUACCGAUGGGACGCACUAUCACGACCAAUGUUGGCACCAUGCAGCCGCCCACGUUCUCAGCCCACCGCUGAGACCCGAUCCUACCACGCCGGAGUUCCUAAUGAAGCUGUUGGCUCAGGAUGACCUGCAGACGACUGGCAGUGACAACUGCACCUUUAACCGCAAUCAGAAGGAGCUGGGCCUGAAGGACUUCUCCAAGAUACCGAACGGUGUCAAUGGCGUCGAGGAUCGGAUGUCCGUGGUCUGGGAGAAGGGCGUCCAAACGGGACUGAUCGAUCCGCAGCGCUUCGUCGCUAUCACUAGCACGAACUCGGCCAAGAUCUUCAAUUUGUACCCGCGCAAGGGUCGCAUUGCGCCCGGUUCCGAUGCCGAUCUGGUCGUCUGGGAUCCGAAGGCGGUCCGGACGAUUUCAGCCUCGACGCACCAUCAGGCGUGUGACUUUAACAUCUUCGAGGGCAUGAAGUGUCACGGUGUGCCCGAAUUCGUGAUUGUCCGUGGUCGCGUGUGCGUGGAGAACGAUCUGAUUCGUGUUGCCGAGGGCCAGGGUACGUUCCUUGAGACACCCGUCUAUCCAUCGUUCGUGUAUGAUGCAAUAAACGGGGUUAAGCACGAAGAGACGAGCGACGAGAAGCACGCACGGAACGGGCUGCAGAAUCUGGACUUCCACCAGAAGUCUUCCGGCCACGAUCUGGACAUACCGGAUCCGUACGCACUGCCGGACAAGUACAUUCCCGGGCCGGCACUAAGCGUGAUCUCGGGUGAUUCCCAGAUCAGCACACCUCACAGUGCGCGCGGACAUCGUCCCGAUGGAACCAAGAACAUGCAGGAGUCAACCUUCUCCAUCAGCGAGGAGCUCGACAAAUCGGAGAACCGUUCGUGCAUUCGCGUUAGAGCACCGCCUGGUGGAAAAUCGUCCGGUUUCUGGUAGAUCGGUCACCUCGGUCCCACUGGCUCUUCCGGUACGGACGCGGACGGUAGGCACAGUUACCUCAACGCUAGCAACCUCCAACCUUCCAAAGACACACAGCACACGUACCAAAAGGUGGCAUCCAUCGACAACAUCACUCCACGGGACUGAGCUGGGUACCGGCGAGCAAAGGAAGAAAGUGAUCGCGAACCGAACCGAAGUGAAUGUUUGCGCCAAGGCCGGGUCAAGGCAUUCUACAGUACAACCCAUAUCGUAACAACGUUUCGACCGACGGUGGACAGCUCAGUCCGGGAUGCCCGAAGAUUAUCAAUCAGAAGAAUCAACGUGAAUCAAUAAUAUUCAGUACAUAAUUUGCUCGAGGUUGAACGUUUUUUUGUUUUUGGGAGGAGAGUCGAAAAUCGGAUGUACUUUACAAUUGAUUAUGUGUUAGACGAACAAUGUAUAACCAAAGCCAGAAAAGGGAGAAAAAAGAUUUAUUUAUUUUGCAAUGCAUCGCUAGGAAAGGACUACCUUUUCCGUUACGUUCGCAGUAAUCAUUCACUGAUUAUGAGCAAACCUUCUCGGGAAUCCCAACGGGAAACGAUUUAAUUGAAAACCUAUCUACCGGAGAGACGAGAGAAGGUUUUAGGAAAUGUGCAAUCAUGAGCCUAGGAUUAGUGUUGGCAUAUAAUCAAACACAACUUUGCUUCUUUCACGCACAAUGUCCUGCUAGCUUCGAGGGAGAGAGAAUGACCAUGCGUGUGCUUGUGGGUGUGAUGGGUGAAUGAGUAAGAAGGUACGGUGAUGAGGCACUAAUGCUCUAUAAGAAUGCACAAGACAAGAUUAAGGCUACGAUGCAAAAUUCUCAACUAAAAUGCAAAGUGGACUCGAAAAUUGAAAGAUAAAUGGAAGGAUCGGAAAGUGCUUGUAUAACCUUAUACUGUAGCUAGGAAUUGAGGAGCCUAAUCCAAUCGGAAAACCAAUUCUUAACGAAAACGAGCUGGCUGGUAAAUGUUUGCGGGACCGAACGUAUCUGUGGUUUGGAUUUUGGAGCUACUUUUUGCGUCUUGUACUUCCUGUUACUAUCACGCAGCGUGUACUAGCUGUUGCUUGCGCUGUUAGACUACUAGAGCCCGAAAGCCUUGGUUGCCGAUUUGCUCUUCGUAAACCGCUAUUAGCCCCAAAUUUACACUAACUAUUAAAAAAAACCGUGUUUACUCGUAGUGUGUAUGGUAAGCGUAUGAAGCCGGAAUGGAAUCCAACAAAAAGAAAAAAAAGAAAACGUAUGAUUUGAAACGUUUAACCCUUGUAUUGGAACCGGAACAUAAGGUUAUAGUAAUAAAGUCUACCGAUGAUAGAUGAAGCAGCAGCUGUUCU